UCGCCGAUCGGGGACCAUGGAACGGGAAGACGAGUGGCCGACGCUCGAUGUCUCCUACAAGGAGAAUCUUAUUGGAACUCUACUCGCCAUCUUUGGAAACCUGAUCAUCAGCAUCUCUCUGAACGUACAGAAGUAUAGUCACGUCAAGUUAUCGGGCACCAAAGAUCCUCGAUCGUACUUUCGGACAAAAACAUGGUGGUUUGGACUGACACUCAUGUUGCUGGGCGAAAUAGGGAUCUUCACUGCAUAUGCUUAUGCCCCACUAUCGCUGAUCACGCCCCUCAGCGCUGUCUCCAUUGUUGCCAGCUCAAUUAUAGGAAUCAUAUUCCUAAGGGACAAGUGGAAACCCAAGGAAUUUUUACGAAGUUACAUAUUAUCAUUCCUUGGUUGUGGGUUCACAGUGGUUGGAAUCUACCUCCUGGUUACAUUUGGACCAAACGCUCAUGAGAAGCUUACUGGGAAGAAUGUUGUUUCUCACUUGCUGGGGUGGCCCUUCCUACUGUAUCUGCUGGUGAUGAUUAUCCUGUUCUGCCUUCUCCUAUAUUUCUACAAAAUACGCAAGAUGGCCUAUCUUGUUGUUAUUCUUCUACUGGAGGCCCUGCUAGGUUCAGUGACUGUUGUUGCAGCAAAGGGUGUAUCGGGAAUGAUUGUCCUAUCGAUCCAGGGGAAUCUACAGCUGGUCUACCCCAUAUUCUAUGUUAUGUUCGUAGUUAUGGUUGCCACUGCAGUCUUUCAAGCAACGUUCCUGCGUGACGUUUCUGAGCUGUAUGAUCCAUCCCAGAUUACUAGCGUCAGCUACAUUUUUUCCACAACCAUUACUGUCAUUGCUGGGGCCACGUUUUAUUUAGAGUUCAAUGGUUCGGAUGCUCUUCACAUCUGCAUGUUCAUCCUCGGCUCCUGCAUCGCCUUUCUAGGAGUUUUUUUGAUUACACGGAGCAAGAAGAAGGCCUUUGAACCAUACAUCAACAUGGACGUGAUUCCAGGGCUCAGGAGCAUGUUUGUUAAGAGUCCAGUGCAGCCAGAACUGAGUAGCUCUUUCUCCUAUGGCACCCUGGAGCACAGCACCAAUCCAGUCGACAACGAGUAUACAGACCCACAAUGUGAUGUUAGUUCCUCUCGCCCAGGGAUUGUGUCCAAACAAGACUGAGCUCUCAGCCCGAGGAGGACGAGCUCCCGCCCAUCUGGGCCAGUCAUGAGCUCUGCUGGAGCUGCCCUCCAUUUCCCUCCUUGGACUCCCCAUCCUGUGACUGAAGCAACAGUGAGAUCGACUGACGGGACCUCCACUGUCCGACAAGCUCCCAUUCUUUCCUGUCUGCUUGCUGAGAUCCGUGGGAGAAACCAAACAUGUCGCAGAAUAAUGAAGCUACGGGCGACUAGCUCCAUUCCACACGAUGAAUUACUUGUUGCAGUUCUGAUAGUCAAGCACUCACUCGCCUGAAUUACCCCUGCGUUCCCUGCGUCUGGUAACCACGGGCUUCUCUGUGGUUACAAUCCCUUAUUUAAUGACAGUUUGUAUUUGCUGUACAGUAAAACUCUGGUAGUGAGGUGCCCUUGGGACUUCAGUGGUGCUAGACUGGCAAACUUACUUUUCUAGUGUUAUUUCCACACCACAACUGUAAUAGGCUCCCCAGUGAGCCAGUUAAGUUUAUAAGCACAAAAACAGGACUCCAGUCGGACGAAAGUGAGUAUGGGAAUCAGGGCCUGGGCAAUCCAGAAGGGAAGUGAGGAGCCAGGACACUGGGGACUGAGAUGGGAGUGUGGGAACUGGGACUCCAGUGUCGAGACCUCAGAAACAGGAACCAGAGCAUUGGAGAGUGAGAUGGGAGUGUAGGAACUGGGGCUUCAGUGAGUGAGACGGGAGUGUGGGAACUGAGAGUGAGAUGGGAGUGCGGGAACUGGGAGUGAGACGGGAGUGCGGGAACUGGGAGUGAGACGGGAGUGCGGGAACUGGGAGUGAGACGGGAGUGUGGGAACUGGGGCUCUGGAGAGUGAGAUGGGGAGUGGGAACUGAGAGUGAGACGGGAGUGUGGGAGCUGGGGCUCUGGAGAGUGAGACGGGAGUGCGGGAACCGGGAGUGAGACGGGAGUGUGGGAACCGGGAGUGAGACGGGAGUGCGGGAACUGGGGCUCUGGAGAGUGAAAUGGGGAGUGGGAACUGAGAGUGAGACGGGAGUGUGGGGACUGGGGCUCUGGAGAGUGAGACGGGAGUGUGGGAACCGGGAGUGCGGGAACUGGGGCUCUGGAGAGUGAGACGGGAGUGCGGGAACCGGGAGUGAGACGGGAGUGUGGGAACCGGGAGUGAGACGGGAGUGCGGGAACUGGGGCUCUGGAGAGUGAGAUAGGGCAGUGGGAACUGAGAGUGAGAUAGGGAAGUGGGAACUGAGAGUGAGAUAGGGGAGUGGGAACUGAGAGUGAGAUAGGGAAGUGGGAACUGAGGGUCUGGUUAGUGGAAAGCACAGGAGCUGGGGCUCAGCAGGUCAGAGCAUGUGGGAAUUGGAUCCAGUGAAUGAGAAUGCGUGAAAUGAGCAAGUUGGAAGGGUGUGAAGCAAACAUUACUUGGGAGCCAGAUGCCCAACGAUCGAGAAAUCUGAAUGAUCAAUUGGCAGAAUGAGAGUUUUACUGUAUACUGAACUCCAUAGUUUAAAAUAUUUGUUAUCUCUAUUUAAAUAAACACCGAUAUGUUAUUUUCUGCUGGACAGUAAACAUUUCCUCCAUACAAAUAAGGAGACAAAUAACGGGUCAAUAAAGAUUGUAUUUAUAUAUCACUUCUCUUGUUAACUGCGUGCAUUGCUGGCAGUGAAGUAACUUUUUGAAAUGCAGACGUUAUCUAGUCUUGAGAUGUGGAAUAGUGGGGAAUAACUGUAACCCAUGAAUUCAGAUCUGAGCCCAAACAGUAAUGUCCUGCUGUCAGAAAUGGUCCCGGCACUGCAGAGGGAGAUGGAAAUUGAGGCACUUGGGAAAGA